ACGACAGCUUGGAGGUUCCGGUAUAGUACCAGGACAGUUACUACACCGAAGCAUGUCGGGACUUUGAAGGCUGAUAGAUUUACUAAAUGAAUUUAGUUUUAGUAGCAGAGGUCAAGAUGAAACGGCCAGCGAGGCGCGUGAAACCAAAAAUGUAGAGAGUUCCGCUUUACCCCCCUUCUUCUUCAGAGAAUAAAACUUCGACCAAACUUUGCAGACAGACAGACAGGCAGGCAGGAAAACGUCACAAUGGCAGCGUGCGGAAGAAGAAAUAGACCCAAGUUAUUAUUUUUUUUCUUUGGCGCCUCUUUUGUCGGGUAUGUAAUAUUUUUCAGGCACAGCUCAAAAGAAGUAACAAAUCGACGAGAAUCCCCCAGAGAGGAAGUUGUAGACAAUGAAAAACUUAGGAGACCCGUGUACGAGAAGCCCCCGCUGGAUUUAAAUGCCCCGGGAGAACUCGGAAGAGCUGUGAAACUAAAUCUGAAUGAAGAGGAGAAAAGAAAGGAGGAGGAGAGCCUGAAAAAGCACCAGAUUAACAUAUAUGUCAGUGAUAAAGUGUCACUGCACCGGAGGCUUCCAGAGAAAUGGAACCCGCUUUGCAGAGAGCUGAAGUACGACUACAGAUCACUGCCAACUACGUCUGUGGUGAUUGCUUUCUACAACGAGGCCUGGUCCACUCUGCUGCGGACAGUCCACAGUGUCCUGGAGACGUCCCCAGACAUCCUCCUCAAAGAGGUGGUGCUGGUGGAUGACUACAGUGACAGAGCUCAUCUGAAGGAGCCAUUGGAAAAGUAUCUGUCAGGGUUCAGGAAGGUGCGUCUGAUUCGGGCCACAAAAAGGGAGGGGCUAGUGAGGGCCCGGCUGCUUGGUGCCUCCAUAGCAACAGGUGACGUGCUGACCUUCCUGGACUGUCACUGCGAGUGCCAUGAGGGUUGGUUGGAGCCCCUCCUGCACAGGAUCAAAGAGGAGCCAACAGCUGUGGUGUGUCCCGUCAUUGACGUGAUAGACUGGGACACCUUCCAGUACUUAGGGAACCCCGGUGAACCACAAAUUGGGGGGUUUGACUGGCGGUUGGUUUUCACCUGGCACUCUGUCCCAGACAAUGAGCAAAAACGCCGUCACUCACCUACUGAUGUCAUCAGGUCUCCUACCAUGGCAGGAGGGCUGUUUUCUGUGAACAAAAACUACUUCUAUUACCUGGGGUCCUAUGACACAGGAAUGGAGGUGUGGGGAGGAGAAAACCUUGAAUUUUCCUUCAGGAUUUGGCAAUGUGGGGGCAGCCUGGAAAUCCACCCGUGCUCCCACGUGGGUCAUGUGUUUCCGAAAAAGGCCCCUUACUCCCGGAGCAAGGCGUUGGCAAACAGCGUGAGGGCAGCAGAGGUUUGGAUGGAUGACUACAAGGAGAUCUACUAUCAUCGCAACCCCCACGCACGACUGGAGGCCUUUGGAGACGUCUCAGAAAGACUGAAGCUGAGGGAAAAGCUGGGCUGUAAGAACUUCCAGUGGUACCUGGAUAACGUUUACCCUGAAAUCCAUGUCCCGCAUGAUCGGCCAGGCAUGUUUGGAAUGCUAAAGAAUCGGGGAAAAGUCAACUACUGCUUUGAUUACAACCCUGCAGAUGAAAACACGAUUGUGGGUCAAAGGGUCAUCCUGUACCCAUGUCAUGGCAUGGGUCAGAACCAGUUUUUUGAAUACUCUGUGGAUGGAGAGAUCUGUUAUAACACAAGGGAGCCUGCUGGGUGCAUUGUGGGGGACAGCGUCAACACCUACCUGACUAUGCAGCUGUGCAAGAAACGAGGGCAGCCUGUACCCAUGGAGCAGAAAUUUGUUUUCCGAAAAGAUGGCAGUUUGUACCACGCCCUGAGCCAAAAGUGUGUUCAGGCCAUGGACCGGACAGACAACGGGACCCCAGCCCCCGCCCUGCAGCCAUGCUCUGACAGCGUUUAUCAACAGUGGUUCUUUGAGGAAAGAAUGUAACUGGACAAACUUGAAGCUUUUUUUUUUUACAAAAAAGCCUUUUUAUAAAGUCAAGCGCUCUAUAUAUAACAUGAUUUGAAGAGGGGAGAGGGAGUUGAAAAUUUUUGUUUCCCCCUAAAGAACAUUUUCUUUAUAUCUUAUUCAACUUAAACCUCGGCACUUUUUUUUUUUUUUAGCAUAUGGAGAAAUUUUUCAGGCAAGUCAUACGUUUUUAUGCACUUUUGUAUGUUUGCAAAACAUGGAAUUUAUUACUCUACUUAAGGAGAUCAUUAAUACUUAGAGAUUGUUAUUUUCUUCUUUCCUUAUUUAUUAUUUCCUCCACUCUUGUUGCUUUUUUUCUUUUUAGAAAUAGAACAGUUUAGAUGUGGGGUUUUUUUUGCGAAACACCCAAAUAUUUGCAGCAAUCACAGACAAAACAAAUACUUCACAUGUCUGCCAUUAAAUUGCAACUAACAGCGGACAUGAUUGUGGUUUUUAGAUGUGUCUGAUGUUUAUAUGUUCCCCCUGUAGAGGGGGCCAGCACUCCUUCCUUUGAGAUCCUGUGAUCUUGUUUUGCAAAAGUGGGACAAAUCUGGUGUUUUAGUAGGAACCUUGAUACUCAGAAGUCAUUGGCUUAUAUAACAAUACCUCUUUAACUUUAUCACUACCGACUACAGAUGAGAGUCAUUCAAACAUUUUUAGCAUGUGAGAAAAUUCCUAUCUAACAUUAAAUGCCAUUUUAUUUAUUUAAUGAUUUUGCCAUAAUAUGUUGUGCUUUUAUUCAUGGCCAUAUUUCUUGGAUUAGCUACAUGAGUUUGUUUUUAAUUGUGAAUGAGGAAGUUUUAAGUCGGGACACGCAUCGUCUUCCAUUAAUCUUUCUAAUACAGCAAAGGAACAGUGUGAAAUAAGAAAAUAAUUUCCUAAAAUAUUGAAGGAGUACUGUCUGAGAGGUGCAGUGGUUAGUGGGGAUGAUGCAUUAACUGUAUCGUGUAUGCACAGCCUUGAUGCCUUUUCUUUCAGGGUGUCUACUUUAAGCCUUAGUCACGUGUACUCGUACGGGGGUUGACUUGCAUGGGUGCUGCUGCUUUUUGGGUUGUAAAGGGCUGUAGAGAAGAGUGGCCACAUCCUAACCCUUGUGCUAUCCUAGGCACUUUACCAUUGGGAGUUGGGUCAUCUAGACCCACUAGACAGUGCUCUGAACCUUUUUCCUUCAAUGAUUUGUGAUCCUCACUGGUGACCAUGGAUUACAUGAUAUCCUCUCCACCUUUAUCCAUCCUUUGUCAUGGUAGGGAGAACACGUCAAUGUAAGGGUGGGGUCAUCUGGACCCCAUAAGCUAGCACAAGGGCUAAGGGAAGCACAGGUGUGUCUCGCAGUUCCUUUGAGGGACGUACAGCCACCUCAACGGACGUCAUGAACAUAGAACGUACCAUUGUCAUGUGAGUCGUAAGUUUAUUGUGAAGUAUUUGUAAGGCUAAUGUAAGCUGCGCUCCCUUACGGCGUACGCUGUUGUAUGUUGCCCCUACGUCACACUCUAGUCAUAAGAUUACUAAGGGAUGAGGACUGACCCCCUUACUGACCACACGUGAAUGCUGCAUGUGUGGGCUGUACUGGUGAUAUCUGUGGGAUGCCCACAUAAACUACAGUCCUACCGCACACACUUAUCACUUGAACAGCACCAAUGGGCCCCUUGAACAGUCUGCAGGAUUUAGAGUGGUUAGAAAAAUGAAAAAUCCCUACAACACGCCUGCUUCUCACUUACUUUUCUUACUCUUGCGUGUUGUAUAGAUGUUCUCUAUGACCUGUACAACUGCAUGAACAUUUUUGCUGUACGGCAGGGGUUUCCAAAAUUAGGCCUCGAGGGCCGGUGUCCUACAUGUUUUCCAACCAACCUGCUAUUGAAGCUCCUUAUUGGCUAAACACACCUGAUCAAGGUAAUCAGCAGCAAAUAAGGCAGGGUUUCUGGAAAACCUGCAGGACACCAGCCCUUGAGGCCUGGAUUUGGGAACACCUCCUCUACGGGCUGACUGAGCCGUCUACGACCUUGAUAUUUUGUUCCUCGUACAGAUUUGCCCAUUUUUCGCAGAAAUCAUUAAUCCACCUGUAAAGGGUCAUUUUGACUAUGGCUUUAUAUCAUGCUGGUCGUACCGAAUAGACUUUCACUUCUCCUCUGUAACUGGCUAACGGCUCUAUAUCUAUCUGAACUGGAACUUUUGGUUACUUUUGUGACUGUUCCUCAGGCUAUGUAGAAGGAGUCAGCAAAGGCAGUAGUUGGCAUCUCCUGAGAGUUGAGAAAUUUCAGAUGGCUUCCUGAUUAAUUUUGGUUCCAAUUUUCCCUUGUCUUAUUUUCUUCUCCAUAUCAGAGGUGCAUCGGGAUGUGUUUUGUGUUUUAGUUUGGAUUUAGGACCACAUGUCCUGCGUGAUUUACUUGACGGCUGAGAAUGAUAAUGGGUUGGGUAUAUGGAGAAAUGUUAGCAACUUUAUCUUUACCAUUAACGUUCACAGAAUGUUUUUGGAGGACCAAUCUGAAAUUGAUGUUUCUAUUGAUUUAUUGAAUACCUAUAACCCAAUAAAUGAGCACGUCCUUUUAAUGGGAAUUGUGUUAAAUUCAUUUAUUUGCCAAAAUGAAGAAUGUACAAUAUUUCUGUUUAUUUUGGGUAUCUGUGUGUAUGACUAAAAGGAAGUGGUUGAUAUAAUGAGAUUGUCAUCGUGGACAUAAACUCAGAAAUGUAAGUUUGGAUCAUAAAAAACAUUUCAGUGCUGAGUUGACAAAAUUAUCAAUGGAGACAUUUUUUAUCAUAAUAAAAUGGAAUUUUCACAAUC